AUGUUAGAAGGACUUCCCGCUAACCUGAGGGGCGUCGUGCUAGUGGCUCCCUGGGUCCUUUACCUUGCGGUGUGCGAUGCGGUACUAUCUCUACUCCUAGUAGUGAAGGUAUUCGCACCGGAUUUUGUCUAUAGCACGUCCUGCCGCAUUGCAUACUCCGUAUGGAAAUGGAUCCAAUUUAUCUUUGAGAGUUGCAACGGUGCUCGGAUCACUAUCUCAGGAGACCGAUUGCCCACGAAGGAGUCGGCUGUUGUCGUCUCGAAUCAUGUUACGUGGGCCGACUUUUACCUGAUCCAAAGCUUGGCCCUGCGAUCGGGAAUGCUGGGGCAAUGCCGAUGGUUUGCGAAGAUCCAGCUGCGCUGGGUCCCCUUUCUAGGAUGGGGCCUUUGGGCCAUGGGCAUGCCGAUGGUGACCCGGAAUUGGAUGCGAGACCAGUGUGAGCUACAGCGAGUCUUCGGCGAUAUCGUACGUAGGAGAUGGCCGAUGUGGCUGAUAAGUUUCAGCGAGGCAACACGAUUUACACCCAAGAAGUAUAAUGAAUCUAUUGUUUGGUGCAAACAGAACGGUCGCCCCCAGCCCUUGCAUUUACUAUAUCCCCGUACUAAGGGGUUUGUCACCACUGUGCAGCAGUUGAGAGCAGCACCUCAUGUCAAGGCAGUGUAUGAUUUCACUAUUGCGUAUCAGCACAAUGAUAAGUUUCAUGUGACCCCGAAUAUGUGGGAAACUCUUAAGCUCUCAGACCUUAGUGGUUCUCGAGGAUAUAAAUUCCACAUUCAUGUUCGGCGAUUCCCUCUUGAAGACCUCCCCUAUACGGACGAAGAACUGGCAAAGUGGUUGGAACAGAGAUGGGUUGAGAAAGGGGAAUGGCUAGAUGCCUUGAAGACUGAAUGGGCCUUUCAAUAG